UCUUUAUUUACGCAACUGCUGAAAUGCUAAAAAAUAUUAAAAACAAGCCUUUACGAAUGUGGAUAGACGGCAAAGUCUACAACAUUACACCACCAAAGGUCAAAGUAAAAAAAGGCCAAGCAAAAACAUUAACAGACACUUCCACUGAAGUUGAAAUGAACAACGAAAUUCAAAUAAUCAAGGAAAACGAUAAACUUCGCGCAAGAUUUCAUUUACCGCAGCUGUAUAAUAAAAAACUGCAUGAUCAUUUUAAUGAAAAAGAAGUUGCCCAAAAAACGCAAACACGUAUUUUAAUGCCAAAGUAUACUAAAAGGGGUACCAAAAAUGAUAUAAUAAUAGAGGGGCAAAGUGAGGAUGGUAUUAAGGAAGCUGCAAAUGAACUUGUCUCUGCUAUCGGACAAACAAGAAAGCAAAUUUUGGCAACUCACUUUAUUUCCAUUCCUUUAUUAAGUACGGAAAUUCAGGAGAAUUUUAAUAAGUUCAAACCCCGUUUGACGGUACUGGAAAUUGAAGGUAUUGAAAAUAUGGAAGAAUGCAUAUUUAUCAGCCCUUUAAAAUUGCAUUUAACACUCACAGUAUUUUGUUUAUUUGAAGAAGAAUUACACGAAGCCACAAAAGCUUUGCAGGAGUACAAAGAAAAAUUUGUUUCAUUAUUUAAAAAGUAUGGUUCUUUAAAAAUUAAAGUUGAGGGUAUAAAUAUUAUGAACAAUAAUCCAAAAAAGGUUGAUGUGUUAUAUGCCAAUGCAAAAAUUACACAUGAUGAUGAAGAAGUCGAUUUACAGAAAAUUGUGGAUGAUGUUUCCGAGUACUUUUAUGAAAGAGGGUUAUGUAAAGAAAACAAAGACUCAGUUAAGUUACACAUGACUCUUAUAAAUACAAGAUAUAGAAAUUCAGACCAAAGUACCAAUAUAAAGAAAAGGUUUCAAAGAAGAAUUCAUAUUGAUGCCACACAAAUUUUGGAGAAAUAUAAGGAUUUUGAAUUUGGAUGUUGCGAUUUUAAUAGCUUGCAUUUAUCUGAAAUGGGUUCUGUGGGGGAAGAUGGGUUUUAUAAGAGUGUUUCUACAAUAAAAAAUGUAAUGCAAUAA